AUAUGAUUUAGGGUGACGUUUGGAUCAGUGUGUGAUCGGAUUGCGCAGGCGCACGUCCUCGCCAUACUUAGCCGGCUGUCUGUUCGUCUGUGAAAGUUUUUGUUUUUUUUUUUUUGUGAUAAUAAUCUGUGAAAAUAGACACAAUAGCGCAUAAUGGUCGUGGGGACUAAGAUGACGCUGCAGCAGGUGCCGAGUAAGGGAAAGAUCUCCAUCAUCAAGAUACAGAACUUAGCUGUGCACAAGCGAAAUUCUGUAAUCAGAGUACUGUAUGGAGUGUUCAUGAUACUUGUCUCAAUUCUGAUGAUCAGCACAAAUCCGCUGGAGUAUUUUACACGAAAGUUCCUGGAAGUGACAGAAGGGUCAUUCGUGUUCCGUAUGUGGGAAUCGCCCACUUAUCAGUUGUACUCGGAGGUCUGGGUGUACAAUUAUACCAACGUGGCUCAGUUCCUCAGCGGGGUGGACAAGACCUUGAAACUGGAGGAGAUUGGGCCUUUUAGGUUUCAGGAGACCCGUACGAACCACAACAUGAGUAUAGACACCAAGAAUGGCACAAUGUUUAUGAGGCCGAACAUCACACUGAAGUUUCUGAGAGAAGAGUCAGUGGCCGAUAUCAGAGAUGUGCACGUUUACGUGCCGAAUUUGGCUUUACUCGCAAUCAGCACGUUGGUCGCCGACAAACUGGGCUACUUCGCUAAUGCUGGCGCCUACCACUCCAUCAACAUGUUGGGUUCCAAGCUUUUCAGGAAUUUGACAGUUGAGGAGCUGUUUUGGGGGUACGAUGACCCCAUGGUAACCAUCGCUAGCGGCCUGUUGCCCGGUUGGAUUGAUUUCAAGAAGAUUGGCGUUUUGGACAGAUUCUAUGCUCAAAGGGAUGCAACAGCAGUUGUAGAAAUUCGUAAUUCAAGUUCAAGAUUUUCAUUACAUUCAUGGGAUAACUCCGAAGGCUUAGUGGAACAGGGUUUUACAGACCUUAACACUAGUACAUUAUGCAACCGCAUAAAAGGCUCCUAUGAGGGUCUGAUGUUGCCCCCAAAUAUUCCAAAGCAUCGGAUUAUCCCUAUCUUCAGGAGGCAGGCCUGCAGAGUCUACCCCUUCGCUUUUAAAGAGGAAACUAAUGAGAAAUAUGGAUUUAAUUAUUACAGAUUUGCAAUGGAGCAGUCGGCAAUGAGUAACACAUCAGCGUAUGCGUGUAAAUGUACAGUUAAUUGUUUACCGAAUGGUUUUGUGGACGUCAGCAAGUGUUAUUAUGGAUUCCCUAUAGCUUUGUCAAAGCCGCAUUUUUUGGACACAGACCCGCACCAGCAAAGUUUCUACGAAGGCAUGCAUCCCGACCCCAAGUUACAUUCGUCUAUAUUAGAGCUUGAACCGACCAUAGGAGUACCAGUGUCUUUAUCAUCAAAGAUACAAGUCAAUGUAGCUGUGAGAACUUCUGUCGGGAACCCCAUCACAAGACCUUUCAAGGACAAAAUGGUUCCAUUAUUGUGGCUUUCACUGUAUUGCAAUGAACCACCACCAGAAGUAGUCAACCUUCUCAAAUUGCGUUUUCUCGUUGCACCUCCGCUGUUUAUCGCAAUAGAAGUUCUACUGUCUAUAGUUGGACUAAUUCUUAGCGUCCAAGGUUGCUACAGAAUUCUGAAGCCGAAGUAUGAAUUGAUAGAAACCAAUCCAGAAAAGGAUAACCCAGAGAGAAAGAAGAGCACAGCACUAGUAAAUAUGGUAGACAACUCUGCAUUUAAAGAUAAUGACGAUUUAGCAAAAGAAGCGGUGUUACUACUAUCAGUGGUUGAUGAUGAUUCAGAAUUAGUUUUUAGAAGAAAUACGUGAACAUUUGUGAUGACUGAAUUAAAUGCCGGUGCCAUUAUUAAGAUAAGUAAAUGUAGUGGAUUAAAAGGCGUGUGAAUAACGGUUGCAUAAUAUUUUGAACAAAUUUGUUGAUGAAUCUGAUCCUUUAAGAAAAAAUAUAUGACGUAGUAGGUCUUUUUUCAAUUAUAGAGAUAUUACUGGUGCUCAAGCACUUGUUCAUAUUAUGUAAAUCUAUUUAAUGAGAAUUAAAUUUUUAAAUUUUGGUUUUGUAUAUUCUUAUUUUACGUUUUCAAAUUCUUUAGAAAUAAAUAGAAUUAACGUAAGAAAUAAUUAUGCAAAAUAGUACGUUUUCGUGUCUGUUUAAUUUUGUAAUUAUAAAGGUAUAUACGAGUACAAUGCUAAUAUGAUUAUCACACGUAAGUGUCAUAAAUUGAAGAAUUAUGUAAUGAUAAUUCCUUAUUUUGAGGUCGUUAUCAUGAAUAUUUCUUAUCAAAUUGACAAAUAUAUAUAUAAGUAACUAUUUAUCUAGUACAUUGAUUUGAUUAUGUAAUUCUACAUACAUUUGUCUUUAACUAUUUUUAUUUAAUGUUUAGCUAAAUCGUGACUAUAGAAAAGAACCGUAGUAAAAUAUUUUUAAAACCGUUAAAAUCUCAUCACACAAGCGCGGAGAAACAUUGUACAUUAUAAUAAUUUAUUUACAUUAAGUAGUUUAAUUUUAAAAGGUUGACAAGUGUUGUAAUUUGUUAAUUUAAUUUUAAUACCUAUAAGGUCUUGUAAAUAAAAAGAAAAAAGAAAUAAGAUACAUUAAAUUAUGUGAUAAAGUUGUUUUUUUUUUAUAUAAUGUUGUUUUUAUGAAUGAAAAUAUAUGGUAAAAUGGUCGUGACAUUAAAUGUAAUAUUAUAAGAAUCAACUGGAUGACAAAAUAAAAAAGGUUAGUAUAUAUAAUAAAUAGUAAAUAAUAUAUAUUAUAACGUAAUAACUAUUUUUGAUGGAAAUGCCUCAUUUAUAUACGCAGUAAUAAUUGUGAAAUUUAUUGGAUUUUAGUGUAUUUAUUUCUUUACAGAUUUAUGAAAGUAAUAACUUUAUUUCUUGUUUUAUUAAUGAACGUCAGUGUUGUCCAUUUUAAUUUGUAAAUAAAAGGGCUGGAAAUAUUGAAAUAAAUGAAUUAAUUUUGACAAUUUAA